UGCCUGGCCUGCGAGUGUGGAAAAUCUACGCUUCCGCAUUUGGUGCAGCGGCAGCGCAGCUCACACGAAGCGUGGCGAGCGCACGAAGGCAGAUGGAAAGAGAUGGAAGGCAGGUCCGAACUUUGGCAGGCUGCGCGAAAGAAAGUAAACAGGCGGAGAAUGCGCAAAAAGGCGACAGAGGGAGAGAGCGUGAGAGAGCGGCAGCAGAGCUGCGACUGCGGCUUUAAUGCUUUUGGUUUCAAGUUUGGCUUUGACGCUGGCUGCGCAGUCGCGACAUUUCGGCUGCUGCCGCUGCUCUUUUCUUCUGUAAGGGGCAGCACCCGCUGCGGCGGUGAGUGGAGGGCAUGGGGGGGGUCCCCAUACCCACCAUCGAAGCUGCGUUGCAUGAGGCUGGCCUGGCGACGCCGCGCGCGUUCACUCAGCGUUCGCAGUCCGGCGGCACCGGUUCGUUUCUCGGUCUCUACGGCGCUACGACACUCAAAACCGAACACCAAAAAACCCAAAAAACGGAAGACCACCAACCCGCAAUCGUACCGUACCCUGUACCCCGUAACCCCCCCGCACAGCACACUCACUCUCUGCACACAGAUGCAAACGAGCCGAAAAGCCCAUGAAAUACAACAGAAAUAUACGACGCGUGUCUUCGUCUUUAGCACGGCCUUAGCUUUCGAAUUCGAACCCGAAAUCGUGCGAACCUGUGAACUUUCGUUUGCCCCCCCCCAAAACACCCACCCAUUCGCAGUCCAUUCCACCCGAAAGGAGAUCCUCCUCCGCCUGGAUUACAAUGUAUUUGUAGUGCAGUGUAAAAGUGAAGUAUAUGUAUGUUCUUCCAAAGAAAAAAAAGAGCAGUUGAAGAUCCUUCAAGUGAAAUUUAUAGAAGGGCAAAAGUUGGAAAAUAUAUCUGAAAAAAGCAAAGAUAGAAAUUGUAUCUUCAAUCAAAAGUGAGAGAGCAUACAUCCAAGUGCCUUAUGAGAUGCGAAAUAUAUGUACAUAUACUGUCAUAAAAGAAAUAAAAAAAAAAAAAAUAAAAAAAUUAAGGAAUAUAUCACAUUCAAUAUGUAUUUUCAUAGACUCGCAAACAAGCAGAGGGAUUCAUAAAAAAAAAUCGAGCAACUAUCCCCAACAAAAACCACAGCUACAACAACCACAGAAACCAGAACAAGUGCGACGACAAUCCAAAAAAUAAAAAAAACAAAAAAAAAAACACAAACAAACUAAAAACGCAUAGUACAGAAAGAGUAUAUAGUAUUGCUUAGGUUUUCGCUAUUACUGUUGCUUUUGUUGCUGCCAAAUUCAAGGUCAAACUUUUCUCAUCGGCAGCGAGAACCGAACCGAACCCCAGUCCCCAGACCCCAGACAGAAGCAACAACAACAACAAAAGCAAUAGCAGCAGCAACGAUAACUAUGAGUACGCGGAAUAGUUGACAACGAAAUACAGCAAAAGAGGAGGGCAGGAGAGUAAUAAUAGAAAAAAAAAGCAAACAAAACAAACAAUAGAAGAAUUGCGAAUGCAAAAAAAUAAAACAACAGCAGAGAGCGAAGAAAAACAUUUAGUUUGCAAAAAAGCGCUGAGAACUUUAUGCCUGUGUGUGACUGGUGUGUGUGUGUGGUGAGAGAGCUUUGAGGGCGCUCAAAAGCUGCUGUGAUCGGUUGGGUUUGUGCAUUGUUGUAGCUGUGGUUUAAGUGCGGUGAUCGUCGCAGAAGAACUGGAAGCGGGGGCGAGCAAGAAGAUAUACAGCGAGCGCGUGCGUUAAAAAGCUCUGUUAAAAUUAUAACUUUAUUUAAUUAAUAGCAGGCGCAGCGGCAGCAAAACAACAAUGCUUAGGCCUCUGAGAAAUUAAAAAUAAAAAAAAAUAUAGUAUAUUUCGAUUAAAUUAAAUUAAAAAAAAAAACAAAUCAAGCUAAUUGUGAUCUCAGCUAUGAGAAUGGACUAUCAAAUGCCCCCGCCAGCAUUGGCCCUGCAACAGCAACAACAGCAACAUGGCCUGCAACAUCAACAGAAUCAGCUGCAGUUGUUGCAACAACAACAGCAGCAACAGCAACAACAACAGCAGCAACACCAGCAACAACAGUUGCUGGGCAACAUGUCGCAGACGGCGGCCUUGCCACCGCUGAGUAGCCUGCCCCUGCAAGUGGUGCACAAUCUGCCGCAUUUGCUGGCUGGCAGCACAAGCAACAACCCCAACAGCAACAACAACAACAGUAAUGUGAGCAAUAAUACGGCAAAUAACAAUCAGAAUCUCAACAAUGUAUGCAACAACAAUCUGCUACGCACCAGCAUGCAACACCAACAGCAGCAGCAACAGCAGCAGCAGCAACAACAACAGCAGCAACUGCUCAACAAUCUCACCAACGGGAGCAAUGUUGCCAAUGGAGUAACACUGCCACCGCCCACACAAUUGUUGCAGCAUCAUCUGCAGCAUUUGGCGCAUGUGAAUGUGAAUACGGCAGCGGCUGUUGUGGCAGUGGCGGCCAACAAUCUGCAGCAUGCCACCAACAGCAACAAUAAUAACAACAGUAGUGCAAACAACAACAACAACACACCAUUCUCAACCAUAACAAUCUCAAUAUUAUAAUCAACAAUCAUGCCUCCCUCAACAACAACAACAACAACAAUAAUAACAAUAGCAACAACAACAACAACAAUCCAGCAACGCCAAAUG